UUUUCUUCGCCCAUCGACUGCAAGAAUUCUUUGUGAUUCAGCAUUUCGCUUUCUCGCACUUUUUCUCGAGAAAAACUGUUCUUUAUUCGCCCUAGAAAAUCCGACCUCGACCUCGACCUCGACCUCGACCGAAUCCCUCUCACUAUUCUCUCAGAGAAAUCCAUCAAUGAACGAGCGAGCGUCGUAAUCUCUUCGCCCCAGCACGAUUAAGGGAUUCCGAGAGAGGCGCUCCGUCAAUGGCUGCGCAAGCGCAGGGCACGGCUAUGGACCCCGUCGCGCUGGACGACAUAAUCGAGCGGCUGAUCGAGGUCCGAUCGUCGAGGCCCGGGAAGCAAGUGCAGCUCUCGGAGUCGGAGAUCAAGCAGCUCUGUGUCGCCUCCAGGGAUAUCUUCAUGCAACAGCCCAACUUGCUCGAGCUGGAAGCGCCCAUCAAGAUUUGUGGUGACAUUCAUGGACAGUACAGUGACCUACUGAGGCUUUUUGAGUACGGCGGUUUUCCUCCGAAUGCCAAUUACUUAUUUCUAGGAGACUAUGUGGAUCGCGGCAAGCAGAAUUUGGAGACGAUAUGCCUUUUGCUUGCCUAUAAGAUCAAGUAUCCAGAGAACUUCUUUCUUCUGAGAGGAAAUCAUGAAUGUGCUUCUAUUAAUAGGAUAUAUGGAUUUUAUGAUGAAUGCAAGCGGCGUUUUAAUGUGAGACUUUGGAAAGCCUUUACCGACAGUUUCAAUUGCCUCCCAGUCGCGGCUCUUAUUGAUGACAAAAUACUAUGCAUGCAUGGUGGUCUUUCUCCUGACCUGACAAACUUGGAUCAAAUAAGAAAUCUACCACGCCCAACUGCUAUUCCUGACACAGGCCUGCUUUGUGAUCUGCUUUGGUCCGAUCCUGGCGGUAGGGAUAUGAAAGGAUGGGGUAUGAAUGACAGAGGGGUCUCAUACACCUUUGGUGCAGAUAAAGUGUCAGAAUUAUUAACAAAGCAUGAUUUGGACCUUGUUUGUCGUGCUCAUCAGGUUGUUGAAGACGGAUAUGAAUUUUUCGCAGAUAGGCAACUAGUGACUAUAUUUUCAGCUCCGAACUACUGUGGUGAAUUUGAUAAUGCUGGUGCAAUGAUGAGCGUUGAUGAGAAUUUGAUGUGCUCCUUCCAAAUUCUUAAGCCAGCAGAGAAGAAAGCUAAGUCAUUGAUGUCAACAAAGAUGUGAUGCUUGCUGUACUGUAAUUCUUCGAUGAGAGAUUCUUCCCUUGUGGCUCAGGAUGCGGCAAAAACCUGAAGAUCACUAUUAUAUAUGGCUUUUUAACAUCUGCGUUUGGUGUAAAUGCCAGUCUGCUGUUUGAAAGACCUUCCCGAUGCCAUUGUGAAGACAACUUCUCGGGCACAAAUAAAUGCCAUUCCCCGGUAAUUUAUCUGCUGCACUUGUUUAUGUAACUGGCCUAGGCGUGCUUAUUUGAGAUACUCGUGAAGGUCAGUCUGUACUGGUAA